AUGAAAUAAAACCUUUCAUAAAUGAUUUGUCCGACAGACAACCAAAAAAGAUAAAAAUAAAUAAUCAGUCCCCUAAGGUCUCUUCUUUCUUAGUGGAGGAGGUUAAGAACAACGAUUUUGUAGAAGAGGAGAUCAUUUCUAUUUCAGUUUCUACAAAAAUUGGCCAAGUGACAAUAAGCAUCAUCAUUAAAAAGUUUUUAACUCCAAUGGCAAAACCGGAAAACGACAAAAAAUCUCCAGAGAAACAAACAUGGAGCACAAUGGAGGAGCUCCUCCUCGCCUGCGCCGUUCACCGUCACGGUACUGAUUCAUGGGACUCCGUCGCCGCCGAAAUCCAGAAACAAAACUCCACUGUCCGUACACUCACAGCCUUCGACUGCCGUCACAAGUACUGCGAUCUCAAGCGCCGAUUCUCCCGUGAACUCGUCUCUCCGGGAUCUACAGAAGGAGAACAAACCGUCGCCGCCGAGAUCUCUUCCGUUCCAUGGCUUGAGGAGCUGAGAAAGCUCCGUGUCGACGAGCUCCGCCGCGAAGUCGAACGUUACGAUCUAUCCAUCUCGUCAUUGCAGUUAAAGGUGAAGAGAUUGGAAGAUGAGAGAGAGGAGAGCUUGAAGAUUGAAGAUUCAGAUCUAGAUAAAAUCGCGGAGACGAAAGAGAACCACCGUGAUUCGGGUAAUACCUCCGGUGCCGUCCCGGUCGAUGAGCCGGUUAAUUCUCCAGAUCCAAAGGACAAUAAUACCGGAACCGGAUCUGAUAACACGAACAGAGAUGUUAAAAUCGCUGAACCGGUGGACGAAGAACCGAACCGGAUAGAGAACGAUGAGAAACCGGUUAGAGAGGAUUCGGGUAGGGGAAGCUGCGAGAGCGCGGGGAACUCGGGCAGAGAAGACACAGUAAGAGAGGGGAAUAACUCACCCGAGUUUGUUGAGUCAAUGGACGAGUCGAAGGGAGAGGAAGAAACGAAAGAAACGAGUGACGUGCAGAGCUCGGCGAGCUUACCGAGGAAGGAGACGGUAGAACAGGACCAACCGGAUAACGAGGAUCAAUCUCUGACCGUCAAUAUGAACCCCGUUGAAUCUCAGCCGUUGAUUGAUUUCAUCGAGAUUCUUAAGUCUCACCCCAUUGGCUCUCACUUUUCGCGCCGGCUCGAGAGCCAGUUGCAGGAAACACCUGAGUACGAUAGGAUAAUAAGGCAGCACAUAGACUUUGAGAUGAUUCGAAGUCGUGUGGAAGAGGGUUACUACAAAAACUCCAGGAGCAAGUUCUUUCGGGAUUUACUGCUACUAAUCAACAAUGGCAGAGUGUUUUAUGGCGAGUCAUCUUCUGAGUUUAAUGCAGCAAAGCAGCUUUACCAACUCAUCAAGAAACAGAUGACUCUCAAGAUUCCUAAACAAACCUUACCACCACCAAAAGAAGAAUCCUUGGUGACGUCUAAGGAGGAAGUCACAGUCCCUUCUCUUAAGCCAACAACACUUUCAGUGCCUAUGAUAGCUUGUCGAAAACGUAGUUCCUUGGCUGUUAGAACUUCAGCGUCAGUCACUGAACCGUCAAAGAAAAAGACUAAAGUAGUUUCCACAGUCGAUGAGAAGCCAGUUUCAGAGGAGGAGAAAGAUGAAACUUCUGAUAAAGAUGAGGAACCUAUUGUUUCUAAGAAGAUGACUAGAGCAAGAGCACCCUCAACAGCCAAAAAAGUAGGAAGCAGAAACGUUAAGACCAGUUUGAAUGCGGGUCUCCCUAGUAAAGGCCGGUCUUCAAACGAUAGCUCUGAGCCGAAGAAAAUUGUUCAAGACAAGAAGGGUAAACACACGAGUGGUGGCUCAAAAAAGCAAAGUGCUGCUAGUUUUCUUAAAAGAAUGAAAGGGGUUUCAUCAUCUGAAACUGUUGCAGAGACAGUGAAGGCUGAUUCCGCUAAUGGAAAAAGAGGAGCUGAACAGAGGAAAACUAUUAUUAAGAAUGAAAAAGUGGGUGCAGCAAAACUGUCUGCAGGUCAGAAACGAUCAACUGGGAAGAAGCCAACAAUUGAAAAGGGUAGUCCUGCUAAAAAAACCACUGGUGUCGCUUCUAAAAGGUCUUCGCCUCUGAUAGCAAAACGAGACAGUGAAACUAUUGAAAAGGAAGCAGGCUCUUCUACUCGGCCGAAGAAGCGGUCAAGGAGGUGAUGAUUUAUUGCAGUACUUGACUAUCUUCUAUCUAGGAUCAAGAAUUUUCUAAGAAGUUCACAAGGCAGUCAUUUAAAGGAGUGUUGGAAUUGUUUAUACACUUCUCUGAUUCCAGAUAGCAGCAAAAUAUGAGUUUAGAAGAUUGUAGAAAGAGCCAAAGAUGUCAAACAAGGUUAUAAGAGUGUUCCGGUCUGGAAUGUUGUCAUGCAUCUGUCAUCUCAGCAUCCUACUGCACAUGACCCUUUCCCUUAUCAACUUUUCCGAUGAUAGGAAUCCCAGUGCUCGUCUUGCCAACCUAUUCGAAGUUUUAUUGAGAAGUUGUGUCAGUGAAAGGGUUAAGCAUCACAAGAAAAAUUGUUGGAGCUGUUUGCAAGAUACCUCAUGAAGUUGCUUCUUCUUCCGAGCUGUACUGGUUUCAUGCAAGAGAGUUUCGCCUGGUUCAGGAAAUCUUUUCCAUUCUGGUAACUUGGGAUGUUUCUUCGGCCAUUCAAUAUCCUCUGCCGGAAUCUGGAAAGUUUGAGAUCAGGCGUUUCAACUUUUGAAAAAAAGAGGCAAGUAUAAAACUUGAAAAAGAGAUGGAACAAUCUGAUAUUUACAUGUCUGAUGUCAACCCAAUUGCACGGGUCCUGAACAUCCUUUUUGCUGAAAGCACUCACCAGGUAGUGCGUUUCCUGUAGAUUUGGAAACUAUAUUUCUUAGAAGGGCUGAGAGCUGACCUGAUGAACAACACACAAAAAAGCAUGAAGAAACUUACUGUUUCCACGUCGUAAUGUUCGAUUUGGAAUCGAAUGUACUCGUAUUCGCCAGGCAUUCGUAUACCGAUCGAUUUUCCGAUAAGAGAAUGAGGAGAAACCUGGCCCCAGCUUGGGACAGGUGGACCGUCAGAAGUAGAACUCAGCUUUGCUUCUUCGUCUUGUAUCUUUGCUGGAGGUAUAACCUUUCCAUCAUGUAUCUUUGCUGGAGGUAUAACCCUAUCUCCCUAAGCAAUCAGAAAGGGAAACGACAAGUGGAGUCAAAAGCCAGAUUGAAUUGUCUGCUUUAGGAGUUAGGAAGAGAUGAUUUUAAAAACCUACAAUUUUGACCGUAUUGUCUUUGUCGAUACGAAUGAUCAAAGGUUGGCCAUCUACGCCAGUAAUUUGCUGUUGUUCAGGGGCAGUAAGUUUCUGCGUUUCCCUCUCAUCAGACGAUAAUGAAACAUUCCUGAGAAACAUGGGGUACGACACAAACUUAAAGAAACAGGGGGGAGAAGAUCACAUUGUUGCAGUAGUGAAAAGCCAUGAUUAAGGUCUCUCAUGAUCAUAAUCCUAGGCUGAAGAAGAACAGAAGACAUGAACACAACUUACAAGAAGCGAAUAUAAUGCAUAUAGAGAACAAGAAGGAUUUGAUUACGGUGGAUAUUGCAAGAGAUUCUGCUCUGAAGGCACGGAGAACGUAAUAGUAAGCAUUUCGCUGGAGUAUGAUGAGUUUUUUUUUCUUGUCCAUGGAGCCGAACAGGAUUGUAUCGUCGUCAAAGCUAUAGCUCGGGAUAGUCUCUGUAAGACCUCUCUUCUUAAUCGGUAGGUCAGUUGAUUCUUCAGCCGCGGUUCAAGAAGAUCACAAGAAAAUUCACCAUCGAUCAGUCUAAUUGCAUCAAUGGGAGAAAAGAGAAAACAGAGGAGUCCCGAAACUCUAGAACCCAUGAGAAAGAUACGAAGAGAAAGAGAGAGAGAGACUUACGAGAUGGAGAGCUUGGGGCUUGAUCUUUCUGGUCCGCCAUUGUUGAGAACAGAGGAAUCGGAGCGAAGAGUCUUGUAACUUGUUGACGAGGUUUGUGCGCCUUUGAGAAAAAACCCUAGAAAUCGGAGUGAAGCAAGGAUCUUCAACAACGUUGCAUGAGAGAGAAGAAGUAACGAGAUUUUGGAUUCUCUCUUUAUGUGUUUUAUAUGCUUUUAGAGUUUUUAUACUGUAACUAACUAUACUUCGUUCCUUGAUCACUUUGACUUAAUUGGGAUUAAGUAUUGACACGUCAUCAGUUGAAGUGUAAAUCUACGGUUAGUUCAACGUC